UGAGCGGCGCCGUCAGGUCCGGGGGCGCUAGCCGCGCGAAACCUCAUUUUCCAAAACUCCGACAACUGGUGGCGGGAGCGGCGGAUGUUAGCUGACCGACCGCCGGGCCAAAGCCCCGCCAGGGGCAGCAGCUGGUGUGCGGAUCGCGGCGGGAGAGAGGCGCGGAGUAAAAGGGAAGCAAUGCAGAAAUCAGAGUGCUCAGGAGGUACACAGCUGAGAAACAGAGUAACAGGUAACUGUGAUCAAAGGGCAUCAUCAAGUGCACAAAUAAAACACAGGACUACAGUUCAGCAAAGCAAAUCCUCCUCCUCAACCAGUUCUCCAGAGUCUGCAAGAAAACUUCAUCCUCGACCAAGUGAUAAACUUAACCCUAAAACAAUUAACCCGUUUGCUGAACAAUCACGAGCCCCUUCUGCUUUUGCAGCUAUUUACUCUAAAGGCGGUAUACCAUGCAGAUUGGUGCAUGGUUCAGUAAGACACAGAUUACAGUGGGAAUGUCCUCCUGAAAAUCUUCCAUUUGAUCCUCUUCUUAUUACUUUAGCUGAGGGUCUGAGGGAAACCAAACAUCCAUAUACCUUUGUGUCAAAGGAAGCUUUUAAAGAAUUACUUUUAGUUAAAAGUGCUCCUGAAAAAACUGUUCCUUUGCUACCUAGACUGAUUCCUGUGCUAAGGGCAGCUCUGGUCCAUUCGGAUGAUGAAGUGUUUGAAAGAGGAUUGAAUGCCCUGGUACAGUUAAGUGUUGUUGUUGGUCCUUGUCUAAAUGACCAUCUGAAACAUCUGCUCACCAGUCUUUCUAAGAGACUAAGGGACAAGAAAUUCAAGGAGCCAAUCACCAGUGCAUUACAGAACCUAGAACAGCAUGGUGGAAGUGAAAGCCUUAAUAUCAUCAAAUCUAAAAUUCCAACAUAUUGCUCCAUAUGCUGUUGAAGAAGGGAGCCAACAAAAAUCAUCUUACUACCUGGUAACAUGUGUCAAACACUGACCAUGGGUACCCAUGGAACCUUUAUUCAAAUAGUUCAUUUUAUUCUUUUGUAAAUCACAACCACCAUUCAUUAUUUACUAAGUUGAGUGUACACAAUCACACUAAAUCAUAGUAAAAGUUAUUCAUCAACAAAAAGGCUAUUAAUAAUGGAAAGCUAUUAAUAUUAAAAGAAGUUAUACAAUAGUAAAAUUUUGUAGGGUUCAUGUUUUAUAUUUUUAUCAUUUGUGUGAAGAACCGUUAUUGCGUUUACAAGGUAAGAUGUGUUUGUAUUUAUUACCUAGUGCCUUUUUAUUUAUAAUACCCUCUUUUGUAAUCAGUUUGUAGCUGUGCACUUAUUAUUAUAGAUAUUUUGUCAUUUCUUGGGUUUUAUAUUUAUCGAUGCUAUAGAAAUUUAGAAUAGUGGACAAACAUUUGUGAAUGCACUAUUAAUUAUUGGUUGUAAAUAUGUAUUUUAUAAUGUAGAAUGCUUGGAAAACUUCUUUCCAGAGUAGUCUAGUUUAAGAAAGUUUUUUUGACUGUUUAAAUUCUAUUACAAGUAUGUUGUUUAUUACAAUUUGUUAAAACUACCUAAACUUUGGGUGUUAAUUGUAUGUAAGUAAAUGUUAU